ACUUUUCGCGAUUCCGAAGAUGGCUUUUUGAGCUUUGUAGUUAAAUUUUGUAAAUAUUGUGUUAUGCACUGCGUGCAAUCGAGCAACUACCGUCAUAUACAAUAACAUAGGUUGUUUUCCAAAAUAAAGCAACGAAGCGAUCACUGAUGGCUGAACUACUUUUAGUAAGGUGAUGAACAAUGCUGAAGGAGGCGUUCUUCUCGUGCGCGCUUUCGUGGAGAAAAAUGCAGAUGAUGUGGCAAGCAGCGAGCACAUGAGAGAUGAGAUAAAGUAAACAUGUUGGAACCGCAUAUGCAUCAAAAGAAGCCACAGGUCUGCAGCGUUCAUUUGUCUUACGAUGGCUCUGAGAUCCCUAGUGAAGGUCUGUGUGAAGAGGCGUUCUGUGGUGACCUCCUUGGCUCUCUUCACCCUGUCUGUGGCUCUGAUCAACACUAUCCCCCUGUUUCCUAACACCACAGUCGCACCACCCCCACAGGGUCUGAAGGUGAACCUCAACCAAAGAUCUCUUGAGAAGAGAGGGACUCCUGAGCGGAACCACCGCCCUCCUCCUCCACUUCCAAUCUCUGGACACGGUGGGGCUUGGAAACGUGAAAAUGGACAGAAUGAUGCUGCUGACCUGGCAAUGUUUAUGUCUCACAACAAAAAACGGAGAGAUAAAAUUCCCAGCAAUCUAGUGCACGUUGAGUCUCAAUUAAAGCUCAAACGCAAAACAGAGUUUUCUUCAGAGAAGAAAAAGGGGAGGCCUUUGAGCAAAGGGCAAGCCAGCGCCAACUCUUUUCACCCCACUUCCUCUGAAAAUAAGCUAUUAUUUGUCGAAAACAAAGCUACCUUCUUUAUUAAACAUCAACCACUAACAUUUUCCAUGAAAACGACUAGUGUCUCCCAUCAGCCUGCUGGAACACCAGACACUAACCCCAAAGGUGCAGGUCAUCACAGGGAGAAGCACACACAUGAUGGGAGCCAUGGCAACAUGACUGUGGCAGAACCAGAAGCCACCCAACAAAAUGACAGAGAAGUCUCUGGAGAGGAGACAGCACAUGAAGGAAACCUGAAAGGCUCGUCAACGCCAUGGAAGAGGCCCCAUCCCCUUGACGGAAAAGAGAGCAUUCCAAGAGAACAGAUACUGGACAGACAGUCUGACAUGUGCAACAUGCCAUCAGAUGAGGACACAUGGAGCAAGACCACUCUGGAGUCCCUGCCAUGGUUAAGCAAGGACGACGUAAGCAAGAUGGCGUUCCUGUCUGGCUCUAAGGUCCUCAGCAAGGCAAGGCUUCCGGGACACGGACAGGUCCUACAGGUUGCCUUGGGCUCUGGCGAGGCAGUGGGCCCGCAAGAUGAACACCACAAGCAAAGCUGUCAGUCGGGCUCAUGCGCCCUCAUCAAGCGUCCCGCUGACUGGUUCGAGGUGCUGGCCUUUCACCUGGACCGGGUGCUGGGCCUCAACAGAAGCCUGCCCUCUGUGCUCAGGAGUUUCCAAAGCACACUGCUCCCCUACCGGUACACCAGUGGGACGGCUAGACCCGUCGUCUGGUGGGAUCCGGGCAUUCAUCACCUGGAUGAGGUAGACAACGACCAGAACUCUGUCUCUCUGAACUGGCCUCGCUACCAGAAAGGGCUGCGGAGCAGGUGUGGGUUGGAGGCGUCCCUGAAUGCCACACCCUGUGUGGGGGUGCACCACUCCGAAUGGGGCCGCUUGGCACUGUUUGACUUCUUGCUUCAGGUGAAUGAUCGUUUGGACCGCUAUUGCUGUGGAUUCAGACCAGAUCCUUCUGACAUCUGUGUAGAAAAUAUGUUGCAUGUGAAAUGCCAAAGCCCCAAGGACCUCCUUCUUGUGCACAUUCUGGUGAGGAAAGCGGAGCCUUCCAAACUGGUUUUUAUAGACAAUGCUGGUCGGCCGAAUCAGCCGCUUGACAACCUUAACUUUAGAUUGGUGGAGGGCAUCGAUGAGUUCCCUGAGCGGGCGGUGAGUGUUCUCCGGUCCGGCUGCCUGGAGAGCAUGCUGCUGAGGUCCUUAUCUGCGGACCGGGAGCUGUGGAGCAGCCGGGGGGGUGCUGAGGGACUGAGGCCCAUCGUCCACACUAUUCAGAGACGUGGGACCAUCCUGCUGCAACACAUGCAGAACAGAAGGCUGAGACUCAACAAGGACCUGUGACACAACUGGACAGAGAGCACAAAAAGAUGCAAAGGAAAUGGUGCAGUUUGUUGAAAACACGAGAUGAGAGGAUAGUAGUCAUAUUAUAAGCAAUGUCAAUGGAGUUGCACUAAACAGAGGAUUAAAAUCAGGUAGAAGAAGUGGAGAUACCAAAACUAGAUUUCGGGACAACCCCCCUUCAAAUCACACCCUGUGUCUGAAGCCCUGUGCAUCCGUGGUAAAAAUGAUGUUGAUCAGGUCUAAUGUGCUGUACAUUUGUGGAUCAGUGGAUCAGCGUCUAAGAAAAUGCUAAAAAACAUGCAACAGUAGCUGCCCCUGAGGACUGUAGGCAGACUGGGGAAAACAUUGCAUGCCAGAUUACCUGUGCAGACCUGUAUGUCAGAGAUGGGUCUUCAGCACUUUUCAGGAAAGUGGAACCAUCCAGAGGCUGAAAUUUAACAAGGACCUGUGAGAGAACACUCUUCAGCAGAACAAGGGGGAGACUUUUCAAAAGAUAGUCUCACACCAGAUACUAUGUUGGUGUGAGACGUCAAAGAGGUAGCCUUGUGAAGCAAAAUGAAUGUGCCUGGUGGCAGAAAAUAUUUGCUGUCCCAGCACUAGACCAUCAGGGAUCAUCAAAAAGGAUACAAAACCUGCAGCACUCUCUCUAUGUGUAGCAAGAUUUUUUUUCUGUUUGAGCAGGAGUAGGGAAUUGUUGGGGAGGGCUUAGCAC